UUUUCGAAAAUGUUGCCACACAUGCUUUAUUAAAACUUUGAAGCUGGCAACACUUUGUUUUUGCGAAGAAAAACAGAAAUCAAAUAAAUUGAUUUACAAAGUUUUAAGAGUGAUUUUUUAAUAAUCAAAACAGACUUUCCUGUUAUUUAAAGUUUCUUGUGUGAGUGAGUGUUGGAAGUUUGAACGAAACAACUUUAAAAUGGCAAAUUUCCUGAAUAAUUUGAACUUACAACUAUCAAAUCCUUUUAACUCGGCAAUUGGAUUAAAAAUCGAGCAAGCAACUGAUCCAAGUUUGGAAUCAGAAAAUUGGGCUUUAAACAUGGAGAUUUGUGACAUGAUCAAUGAAUCAUCUUCAGAUGCCAAUAGUAAAGAUGCCAUGAAAGCAAUUCGUAAACGUUUGACACAAUAUGUCGGCAAGAACUACACAGUCAUUUUACUUACGUUGACAGUAUUAGAGACGUGUGUUAAAAAUUGUGGCAAAAAUUUCCAUGUCUUGGUGGCGAACAAAGAGUUUAUUCAGGAACUUGUGAAGCUCAUUGGACCAAAAUAUGAUCCACCAACAGCAGUGCAAGAGAAAGUGCUAAGCUUAAUUCAAAUCUGGGCAGAUACUUUUGCAACACAACCCGACUUGAAAGGAGUCGUUGAAGUUUAUCAAGAGCUAAGAAACAAAGGAAUUGAAUUCCCUAGUAUCGACCCCGACAAUUCGGUGCCGAUUUAUACACCACAAAAGAGUGUUGUCACAGCCCCUCCAGUAGCACAUCCACAACCACAGCAGAGAUCUCCACAUCAUGAUGUCAGUGACUCACCACAUCCAAGCGCUGGAGGCGUUGCACAAGAUCAAAUUGCUAAACUUCAAUCUGAACUCGACAUUGUGUCGAUGAAUAUGACUAUUCUAAGUGAAAUGUUAACUGAAUUAAAUCCAAACCGUGAAUCACCUGCUGAUUACAAGCUUCUUAUUGAUUUGGUUGCGACGUGUAAAGAAAUGCAAACACGAAUCGUUGAUUUGAUUGGAAAAGUUAACAAUGAUGAAAUAACAGCAGAGCUUUUACGAUUGAAUGAUGAACUCAACAAUUUGUUCUUACGAUACCAACGUUAUGAGAAGAACAAAGAUCCUAAGACUGCAUCUGAUAGACCGUCAGCAAUUUUAGGAGCUGCUCUUGGUGUCCCAGCUUCGAAUUCAGAUACGCAGAAAGAUUCAUUAAUUGAUCUGAAUGAUCAGGCAACCGGAGUCGAUAGUGACUUGAACACCAAAUUUUCUUCUUUAUCGACAUCGCAGCUAAGCAAGAUCAAAAGUACACCCGCAAAAGUUGAUGAGUUUGAUAUGCUUGCGCAGUCACGAACGAGUGAUGGAAAAACGACAACCAAAGAUCUUGACGUUGAUCUUCUACAAGGUCAAACAAAUGCAAAGCCCACAGAUUUUGAUGAGAUUGAAGAGUGGCUUAAAGCUGAAAAGCCGGCAGCAAAUGAAGGCGAAGAAAGUUUAACCAGUAAAGAGUUUGAUAAGUUUUUAGCUGAAAGAGCUGCUGUUGCUGAAACAUUACCAACCAUUUCCAAUCGCAGUAGUGAUGACUCACGAAGCAAGAAAAAAUCAGAAGAGCCAUUAAUGGGUUAGUGACAUUAAACCAUCAACACGCGUUAUUUAAAGUAUAAAAAUACAUUUGAUAACAUAAAAAACACUUCUUUAAUGAUGUUGCUUUCCGUCAAGCUUUUAUCUAAUCUUUCAUUCAUUCUUAGUAAUCGAGUCAACUUAAACCAAACUAAACAAAGAAAAAAAGAAAACAUUUGAAAGAUAAGAAAAGUAAACUUUUAACUCAUACAAUCAGCGGAGUACUGAAGGAGAAAAUAAUUCAGAAUAUUCAAAAGAAACUUUUGUGUAAACGCUAAUUUAAUGCUUGUUGGAUGUAUGAAUUAAAUUAAAAUUCUGAUGAAUUUCCAUCAACAUUUACCUACCCUUAAAUUAUCAUCAAAAAGCUCUUUUUUUCUCAUACUACCUACAUCAAAAAACAUCUAACGAUGAUGAAUUGUUAAUAUUUUAAUUGAUUUUUUAAUUAUCCUUUUAAUUCUUUGACCAAAUGAGACAUCGACGUCGAGUUCUAAAUUUUCUGUUAACUUCUUAUUCAAGAAUCAAUCACAAAUUAUGUAGACAUCCAUAGCUUAAAAAAGAAUUGUGCAAACUAACUCUUAAUUACCUGAUUUAGCCAUUUAAAUUUUUUUUUAUUUUGUUUGUUUUCUCUCGAUGAGAAUUGCUAAUUUAUUUACAAAAGAAGAAAAAUGAAAAAAGAAGAAAAUUAUUCUAAUAGAUAGACUAGAGAAAUGAUUGUAAAAUACUUGAACAUUAUUGUUAAAUAAUUUAUUUGCUUUGAUUUGAAUUAAACACCGAAAAAAAAAGACAAAGAAAAGAAAAUCCAUUUGCAUUAAAAUUUCAUGAACGAAACUUUCCUUGUUCUUGAAACUUCUCUUUGGUGUGAAAAUCAUGAUAAAAGGAAUGACAUUUAUGCAUUGUCGCACAUUUCCUUUUCCUUCUAAAACAUUGAUGCUGAAAACUAUUAAAUUACAAAUUUACUAAAAUAUUCAUCCCAAUAAAGAGAGAAAAAAAAUAUUUUGGAAGCAUGAAAACAAAUAUCGAAAAUAUAAAAAUUUGAUUGAUGUAGAGAGAGAUAAAAAGUUAUUAAGACAGAAAACAAUUCUUAACAAUUUAUUAAUAAACUAAAGUGCAAAAGAACUUUAUUCUUGUUUUAUUAUUUUUUUCUUUAAGCUUUUAUUAAUCUUUUUUUUUAAUUAAAGAUUCGACGUUUAAUUAUCCAACUAAUCGUACUUUUUCAUUGUCAACAACUUCAACUCCUUUGAGUUUUUGGAUUUUUUUCAGAAACUUAUUAUCUUGCUUUUCACUCCAAAUAUCCCCAGUUAAGAUCUGAUAUUUUUUGAGAACUUUCUUCUUGAGUUUCUUCAAUUUAAAUUCACUACAUUUUUGUGACAAUAUGCUGCGAAUUGUUUCAUUCCAGCUGAAUUUUUCACUUGAUUCAAUAGUUAAUGGCUGUUCAUUUGGAAGAGUUUCAUAUUCGACAACAUCAUUUGAUUCGUUUUUCUUUUUCUUCUUCUGAGGCGGUUCAAUAAUUUCUGAUUCUUCAUUAUUAUCCUCAAUUGGAACUUUUUCUUCAUCAAGCUUUCGUUUUCCAUUAACUUCAGAGGUUUCAAUAACUUUUUUGUCUUGGACCGCAGGACCUUUAUUGUCUUUUAAUGCUUCCUCUAACAAUGUCCAAGCUUCUUCCAAUUCGUUAUGCUUCAUAUAACGAAAAGAAUUUUUCAUAAAAUUCAGGAACUUUGCUUUCUUUCGAGGGAUGUUGUCAUAAGAUGAAAUUGUUUCAAGAAUCUUCUUAACGCCAUUGGAAAGAUGUGAUUUUUUAUCUGUUAUUGAUCUUACAAUCUUACCCAUGCUUCUUGUUUUUUCUGUCCUUUGUUAAGAUUAGCCUUUGGUACGUAAUCUUUUCCUGAAUACCUUUGAAGUUCUGUGACGCACUGCGUAUGAGCACUAUAUGAUUGUCUAUCAAAGUCUUUAAAGCAAUCCAUACAGGAAACAGAAACAUUUUUGUUACAUCUUGACAUAUGCUUUUCUACGUUAUUUUUCUUUAAGCUUUCACCGCAAUGAUUACAUGUGAAUACAACCAUCUUACUUUAAUUAUCAAUAUUAAUGCUAUUUUGUUUAAAUGAGUCAAUAAAAA